AUGCAUGGAGACUGCCCAAGGGCAGGGCCGGGACGGGGCCUUUGGGAGCCAGAAGGAGGGCCGGUCGUUGGCCGCGAACCGCCAAAAAAAAGGUUUGUGGAUCCCAACACGCAGGAGAAGGUGACUUACCAGGAGCUGCAGGAGAGGAGCCACCCGGAAGAGGGCACGGACUGGGCCCUGUUCCCCAGGGUCAGCGGCAGACGGGACUCCAGCUUCAUCAACAAGGCAACCAGAAGGGCCCCCACCCCCAAAGCCGAGCGGGUGGAUGUCACAGUGGGAAGGUUCAAGGGCCAGAGACCAUUGGUCUGGGAACUGCUGAACUCAGAAUACUUGCCAGAGGACAAAAAACGUGAGUUAGUAGUAAAAUACAAGAGGGACACGACACAUGCACUAGAGAAGGUAGUAAAAGUUAUUUUCGAGAUAAUUGAUGAGAAGGAAAAGAGCAAUAGACAGUUAAUGUUCAGAGGGGUCAGGAGGCAGAUCACAGCCUCUGAACUCCUGCAACCAGGCAUCAUCACUGAGGAGGCCCGGAGGGAGGGCGGGCCACCGUGGAGGACGCCGAAAGACCAGGGGGUAAAGCGCUACCUGGAGGGCACCAGCUGCAUCGCGGGCACGCUGGUGCCCGCCAAGGACGAGCCCGGGCGCCAGGAGAAGAGGAGGAUCUACCAGGCCAUGUGGAAGGGCAUCCUGAGGCCGGGCACAGCCCUGGUGCUGCUGGAGGCACAGGCGGCCACCGGCUUCGUCACCACCCCCACGGAGAACCGGAAGCUGACUGUGCAGGGGGCGUUUGCUGCCGGGAUGUUCAGCAGUGAAACCUACCAGAAGCUGCUGUCGGCCGAGCGCGCCGUCACCGGCUACACCGACCCCUACACCGGGGAGCUGAUCUCCCUCUUCCAGGCCAUGAAGAAGGACCUCGUCGUCCGGGAGCACGGCAUCCGCCUGCCGGAGGCCCAGAUCGCCACGGGCGGCAGCAUCGACCCCGUGCACAGCCACUGCCUGCCCGUGGACGUGGCCUACCGGCGCGGCUACUUCAACGAGGGGAUGAACCGCGUCCUGGAGGAGCCCAGCGACGACACCAAGGGCUUCUUCGACCCCAACACACGUGAGAACUUCACCUACGUGCAGCUGCUCCAGAAGGCUACUCCUGACCCAGAAACAGGCCUCUUGUUUCUUCUCUGUCUGGAAAAAGAGCCAUCAGCAGAAAGCGGAGAGAAGGCCGUCCCGGAAUGUGGGAAGACCAUCGCGGUGAUCCCCGGGCCGAGCGGGCUGCGCCCGGCCUGCUCCACGCUGGGUUCACCCCAAGGCGGGCGCCCAGGGCCUGGGCCGGGUUUCAGGAUGUGUGUGGCAGGGAACCGGGGCAGGAAGUACCAGCGGCUCCCAGGGCUGCGCAGGGCCGGUCGGCGCAGGCCUCCGCGCGCCCGGGGAGGCCCCGAUGGACCCGGCUCCGGGCCGCCACGGAAACCCCUGCGGCCGGGCCGCUCGCCUCAAGCUGGUGCCGGGGCAGCCGAGAGCAGCGAGUCCCGGGAGGAGCCUGGCUGGGACCAGGCAGCUCCGCCGGGAGGGGCACCUCGGGAGGGGCGGGGCCUCGGGGCGGGGCCCUAG